GUGAUUGGUCAGUGCAGCGCUCAUGGUGCACUAGCCUUCACUCCUCACCCUUCACUUGGCUCACACGCAUUUGGGAUGCAGCCUUGUGUCUGUUUAUUUCCCAGCAUCAGCCACUGCCGUCUUUCUCCCAGGGCGGUCACGGUGUAAAGGAAGAAGAGAGAGGAAGGUGAAGAUGAGAGUGUGAGCAGAGAUCCUGAGACCAGAAGACUUUCUCCUGAGGAGUGAGAUCCAGACAAAACAAAGCCAGAGAGAGAGAAGAGUGUGAUGGAGGGAAGGGAAGAGGCCUGACUGACAGCAGGAGGAAAGUGUGUGUGUGUGUGUGAUAGAAGAGUGUGUUGUGUAGUUGUAUAGUGUACUCUUGUGUACUUUUGUAAGAAGAUGACGUGUACGAGCUUCACUGUGCUGAAGUCCAGCCUUAUGCUAUUCCACCUGCUUCCUUUCUACACACACGGAAGCUCAGUGGUGUCCACUGUCCCUCAGUUCAACUCCUCUGACGCUGCCUCUAAUGCGACGGAGCAUAAUCCUUCACUUCAGGCUGAAGCUCCUCCCAUUUCCUCUCCUCAGCUCCAUGGUGUUAAGAGGAGAGGCAGCGUGAAGCCUGGGAGCAGUGGACAGAGUGAGGACAGGCCGUAUGUGGUCAGAUCUGAAUCAGCUGAGCAGGAGCAGGCUGUAGGGGGUAUGGGUGCAAGUCUACCCACCAUGUCUCGCGGCAAAGCCCCUCUGGACUUUAAAGAGGACAACCCUAACCACAACGCUCCUCGCUGGCUCACCGAAUAUCUACAGCCCGAUGGAAGCGUCCUCGAUCUCAACAGCCGUUCUCCUUCGCAUGAGCAAUCGCUGUUGGUCAGCGAUCCGGAUGAUUCCAGCCCCAUCAUUAAAGUGAGCUUUUCCGAAGCUGACCAACAGCACCAGAUAGAAGUCCCACCUCAGGAGGUUCAGGGUGGAGAUCCCACCUCCUGGACACUGUCAGAUUUUUAUGACUAUCUGUCCCCCGACUACUCCACCACCGAGAGCUACACAGAUGAUGACCGCUCCACACCAGACAUGGAGGAUGAAAAUGUUCAGCAGGUCAAGAAGGCAGGAUCUCGCUCUCAGACUCCCAAGGAUGGAGCGCCUGGUGCGGACGAGCGGUCAGGACCCACGGACAGGGUGGAGAACACCCGGUGUCUUCUGGGGUUCGUUUACAGGAACGGAUCGUGCCAAUCACUGUGUGACCUCUACACCAGUUACUGCUUUAAUGGAGGCCAGUGCUAUGUGCUGGAAGGAAUGGGAGUGUUUUGCAGGUGUAAUAUACAGGACUAUGUGUGGAACAGGGGUUUGAGGUGUGAGUCUGUCAUUACGGAGUUCCAGGUGAUGUGCAUCGUGGUGAGCAGUGUUUCAGUUAUGCUGCUUGUCCUCUUUAUGGUCAUCGUAGUGUUCUCCAAACGACUACAUCUACUGAAAAUCGAAAACAGUAAACUGCGAAAACGCAGGUCCCGGCCACAGUCGGAGCAGCACAAUGAUAAUUUCUCUCUCUCUACCGUGGCUGAAGGCUCACAGGCAAACGUAAGGAAUGAAUGUGGCUCUCCAUCUAACCCACCACAUGCUUUGGCUUACUAUGAUAACAUUAUCUGUCAGAAUGACACUGCCAAGCCAGAGGAGCCAGUGAAAAGCCCUGUUAAGGAGGAAGAGGAGGCUCUGAACAUCCAGAACUCACUGACACCUCAGCAUGAGAACAACACCAUCAGCACUGACGAUCCCGAGGAGAGCGGUGUGACCAUCGAUCUGGAGCUGCUCCUCCCUAACGAGGCGAAGAUGCACCCUGAGACCACUCCUCCUCUUCACUAUAAUGUCUUCCUCUAUAAGCUUCCUAAAUCCCCCAAAAUAUCCCCAGGACGGUCCAGGCAUGGGAACGUUCUCCCCCAGAUACGGCCCAGACGAGGCUCUGAGCCUUGCUACAGCCCCAUGUCCUCCAGGACACCCAACCCUCGUCUGGGGAAAGCCUGCACACCGUAACAUACUGAAAUGGUCAUCACGGUGAUGCCAUGGCAACGUCUGGGAAUGACAACUCCUUACAGGCUCCAUGUUCUCACUGAGCUUUUGGCCAACAGUCUCAAAGUCAGGUUCACACAUAGUCAGCAGUGUCAGUACUGUAAAUGUAGGAGUUUGCACACACACAUCUCACACAAGAACAUAAAGCACCAGGACUGUAUGUACACACACACACCCACACCGGCUUUCCUACUGUCUAAUCAUUCCCAAUCUUUUCUGAUGUCUUGCCAUGACUCCAACUGAUUCAUCAUACAGCAGAUCCAAGCUGUGAAGGAUAACUAAUUAACAAGGUGCUUUAUUUUCAAGUUUCAUCUGAUUAACACUUUUCAUUUUAAUAAACACUUUAAAGUAUGUGAA